AGCGUUGGCGGCCCAGUCGCUGGGUGAACCGGCCACCCAGAUGACCCUCAACACCUUCCACUAUGCCGGAGUCUCGGCCAAGAACGUCACCCUGGGCGUCCCCCGCUUGAAGGAACUCAUCAACAUCUCCAAAAAACCCAAAACGCCUUCGCUCACCGUCUUCCUCCUGGGCCAGAGCGCCCGCGAUGCCGAACGGGCCAAGGACAUCUUGUGCCGCCUGGAACACACCACGCUACGGAAGGUGACGGCCAACACCGCCAUCUACUACGACCCCAACCCUCAGAGCACGGUGGUGGCCGAAGACCAGGAAUGGGUCAACGUCUACUACGAGAUGCCCGACUUUGACGUCAGCCGGGGGCACCCAUGGGUGCUCAUGGGGGUGACGGAGUUCCUGGUGGGUCCUGAGGAGCACGUGGAGAUCUCCAUGGAGACCUUUAGGAGGUCGAGGACAACCGCGAUGACACCUGUAGGCACCUAA